UUCCUCCACCCCAGGGCCGCACACCCUCGUCCUGGACUUCUGGAUCUCUUGGUGACACUGUUGCUCUGGGCCUGCGGAAGGCUGAAGGGGAAAGCUCUGGGAACCUUGAGCUGAAAGAAGAUUUGGUCUUUAGGAGAAAGUGAGCAUGAUCACCAGAACUACCUUGGAUUCAGGGAAUCAUGUGAUGCUGAAGAAUAAAAAUGAUAAAUGGGGACAGAAAUCUUAUCGGCAGAGAAACAUUAGCUCUGGACAGGAGCUCUUCCGCCAGCUCUUUAGGCAGCUGCGUUACCAAGACACUUCCGGGCCCCAGGAGGCUCUGGUCCGGCUCCAGGAGCUCUCCCGAUGGUGGCUAAGACCCGACAUUCACACCAAGGAAGAGAUUCUUGAUCGACUGGUGCUGGAGCAGUUCCUGACCAUUCUUCCAGGGGACACUCGGACCUGGGUAUUGCUGCAUCACCCAGAGAGUGGGAAGGAGGCUGUAGCCCUUGUGAAAGAUGUUGAGAGUCACUUUGAUGAACAAGAAAUGGAGGUGGCAGCCCGAGCUCAGGCUCAAGACGUGCUCUGGAUGGGGACGACUUCUCUGGGACCUGCACAGGAAUCCCUUCCUAUUCCAUCCCUCAGGGAUCACUUCUCAGACAGGAGCCCCUUGGACUCUGCGAUGUUCCAGGAUCCCCUAAAUGGUACUUGCCGGCCCUCACCCUGCGGUACCCCCUCUGCCUCCCUUCGCCUUCCACUGUCCCAGAGCUGCUCUUCUGGCCUUUGGGGAAAGGCUGCUUUUGGUUCUCGCUGUGUCUGUGGGGCUGAGGUCUUUGGCGGAGCCAUGGGGAGGCUCCUGGACAAAGCUGGUCUCUCCCUCAUGCCUCUUUCUUCUUCUUCUUCUUCUUCAGUUCCUCCAACUCCCCAGGGGCCUGCUGGUCCUCAGGAGGGAAGCACAGGAGAUGAGCCGAUGACCGGGUCUCCGGGAGCCCGGCUGCAGGAAUCCAUGACAUUCGAGGAUGUGGCCAUAUACUUCAGUAAGGCAGAAUGGACCCUGCUCUCCCCUGCCCAGCAGAUCCUAUACAGGAACGUGAUGCUGGAGAAUUACGAGAAUGUGGCCUCUCUGGCAUGCCCAUUUCCAAAACCUGGUGUUAUUUCCAACCUGGAGGAAGCAUCAUGGGACCUUCAGGAAGCCUUGGUUCAAGAAGAUCUGAGAAAUACGUAUGCAGGUGAUGAACCCCAAAUUGAGAACGAGAAGCUGACUCCAGCCCAGGAGAGUGUCGAAGAUCCUGAAGCAUCAUCACAAGGAGAGCUCCAGACCUGUGAUCCUCAGCAGCCUCAGUCUGAAGAGUCUUCUGAACACGACAACAAGAGGGAGAAGCAGGGGGGAGAUUCUGCUCUGGAGAUAGUGACGGGAAAGGAAAGAGGUUCCAGGUACAUGUUAGGCAAGGAUGUAAAAGCUUCUACAGGGGAGGCAGGGGAAAAUUUCGAGUCACGUUUAAUCUCAAGCUUUGUUAGGCACCAGAGCUUACCUAAACUACAGAAAAACUACAAAUGUGAUGAGUGUAGCAUAUACUUCAGACAUAGUUCGGACCUUUUCCAACAUCAGAAAACUCACAGUGGGGAGAAUUCUCUUAAAUGUGGUGAGGUUGGGAGUGCAUUCAGCCAUACUUUAGGGUCUGAUCAAGCUCAGAGAAUAAAAGGUGAAAAUAUGCCUCAUAAAUGUAAAGACUGUAACAAAACCUUCAAUCAUCGCUCACAUCUUGAACACCAUCAAAGACUUCACACACGGGAGAGACCAUAUAAAUGUAAAGAGUGUGGGAAGACCUUCAGGUGGAGCUCAAACUUUGCUCGUCAUAGAAGAAUUCAUACUGUACCAAAACACUAUGAAUGCCAAGAAUGUGGGAAAGAGUUCACUAGAAUUUCCCAGAAAGUCCAUACUACAGAGAAACGCUAUAAAUGCAAAGAGUGUGGGAAAACUUUUACAAGAAACAGAACCCUUGUUGAUCAUCAGAGAAUUCACAGUGGAGAGAAACCCUAUAGAUGCAAUGACUGUGGGAAAACUUUUACAAGAAAUAGAACCCUUGUUGAUCAUCAGAGAAUUCACAGUGGAGAGAAACCCUAUAGAUGUAAUGACUGUGGGAAAACUUUUACAAGAAACAGGAGCCUUGUUGAGCACGAGAGAAUUCAUACUGGGGAGAGACCUUAUGAAUGUAGUAAGUGUGGAAAAGCCUUUAAUCGUAAGUCAUACCUAUUUCUUCAUGAGAGAACUCAUAACAAAAAGAAGCCUUAUAAAUGUGAUAUUUGUGGAAAAGACUUUAGGUGGGGUUCAGGCUUUGCUCGACAUCGAAGAAGCCACAUUGAGGAGAAAUACAAUGAAGUUGAUGAGCAAAGGGGAGUUUUUCCUCAUAGCUCUGACAUUCAGCACCAGAGAAUUCCUAUCGAAGAGAAGUCUUACGAAUGUCAUGAAUGUGGGAAAGCUUUUACUCGGAAGAGAACCCUUAUUGAUCAUCAGAGAAUUCACAGUGGGGAGAAACCCUAUGAGUGCAAUCAAUGUGAGAAAACUUUCAGCUGUAGGCCAUACCUUAUUGCACAUCAGAGGUCUCAUAUCCCUAAAGCUCAUCAGAAAAAUCAAAUCAUGGAGAACUGCUAUAAGUGUAGCCAAUGUGGAAAAAAUUUUUCUCAGAAGUCAACGCUUGUUAUACAUCAGAGACUUCAUACUGGAGAACGGCCCUAUAAAUGUAGUGUCUGUGGGAAAGCCUUCAGGUGGAAGUCAAACUUCAUUCAACAUCAGAGAAGACAUCCUGGGAUGAAACAACAUAAAUGUCAAGAAUGUGGCAAAGUGUUCAGCCAAAAAGACACUCUAAUGGAUCAUCAGAUGAUCCACUGUGGGGAGAAAAUCUUUAAAGAUCAGUAUGGUGGCGAAAAGAAUAGGAAUACCAAACGUCUUAUUGAGUAUCUACAAAGACGGGAUCGUGAAAAGCCUUUUAAAUGUAGUAAUUGUGAGCAGUCCUUCAGCUCUGCCUCAGUCUUUAGCUUACAUUUGAAAAUGCACACUGGGAGGGAAACUUAUGAAAAUGACAAUACAGAAAAUUUUCCCCAGAACUCCAGUCUUACUUCACAUCAAGAGUUUCAUACUAGGGAAAAAGUUUAUAAGUGUAACAUGUGUGAUAAAGCCUUUCCUAAGAAAUCCCAGCUUAUUAUGCAUGACAGAUUUCAUACCCGGGAGAGACCAUAUAGAUGUAAUAAAUGUGGAAAAAAGUUCAGAUGGAGCUCAAACUUAUCUCGACAUCAGAAAAGCCAUAUUGCAGAGUAAAGUACCAAUUUUGUAGUUUUGUAGCUGUUUCUACAAAAUUCAUCUUAGCUAAGAAGAUCUCAGCUGUGCCAUUAAUGCUUCUGGAGAGGGAGGAUUGAUAACUGGUUUUUCUUUCUUGAAGGGGAGUUUCCAUCAUGUUCAAGAAUUCCUUGCAUAUAUCAGGAAAUGCCCCAAGAGCAUCAUUUGUAAAAAUUAGAAGAGAGAUUUCAAGUUUGCUUUUAGUUGAAGCAGAUCAUAAGAAGUAAUAUGUAAAGUAAUAAGUAAAAUCAAGAUUUAAAUUAAAUCUUCCCCUUUGUAAGCUGUGUAACACUGGACAAGUCAUUUAGACUUUGUAAAGGCAAUCCUUUUACUCUAAUUUCUUCUCUAUUGCACCCUUUACAUUUUGAGACUAUCUGGAAACUCAAUAGUGCUUAUCUACUAAGUAAUACAUGGGUUGGUAUAGGGAAUUAACAAAAUCCCAACUGCCUGGAGGGGUGUUAAGGCAGGAGGGCAAAAACUGUCCUUUAUUCUCACUGGAGAGAGGAGCAACUAGGGAUUGAAUUGGUUUCACCACAAAUUUAAUUUGUUUUUCUUCCUAGAGAGAAGUCUGAAUCUGUAUGGAGGGAGUGAGGUUGGGAUGUAGAGAGAGGGGUGACCUUGUCUUUUACUGAGACUCUGGCCCCCUACCUUUCUGGUCAAAAAUGCAAUUUAAUAUUUAAAGACCGGAUUUAAUUAAUGGUAGAGAAGAUCUCUACCUUCUCCCUUUGACUUGCCAUUCUUAUUCACUCUGACCCUUGCCUCACCUGACACUUUUCUUUAGUAAUUUCAAGAUUGCCUUUUAUAUCUAGCCUUAUAAUGCUGUCCUUUUGUAGUUUUGACUUGGGAAAUUAUUACUGCCUGCCUGCUAUAUUUCCUUGGAUAGAUUCAGACCUUUAACAUCUAAGACAUUUCAGGGAAUUAAAAUAUAAUGCUAAUAAAAUGAACAUUCGUAUAUUGGCCAGUUGUAUUAAAUGAAUAUUUUGAAUGGAUAUUUGUUCAUUGCAUUAUUCAAGGUAAACAUUUAUCAAAAUUAAAAUUGUAAACAGAAGCAUUCUUUGAUUUAUUUCCAAGAAUCUUUCA